CAGCCAAUGACGGUGGAAGAAGGCGGGCUCGUGCUUGGCGGGGGAUGAGGUUUGAACGUUUGGCGGAAAACAAGAUGGCGGUGCGUCGGCAACUGCAGCUGCUCUUCCAGGAGCCCCGAGUGGGUGGCGGUAUCAUGGUGGAGCGGGCAGGACCUGAAGUAGCGAAAGGCCCCGGCCCGCCGCCGCCGCCAAGCAAGAGGCCUGAGGGUGCCUGGGAGCGGCUCCCCGGCUUUCGGGGCCUGAGGCCGGAGGACUGCGUGCUCUACCAAUGCCGGAGUUGCCGCGCCGUGCUGGGGGACUCGCUUCACCUGUGCGCCCAUGAGGAGAAGCUCCGCCUCCUCGCCUGCUUCAAAGUCACAAAUGAUAUUGUUGUGGAAGAUGAUUUGAUGGUUUGUGUGGAAGGAGAUCUUACUGGAUGCACCUACAACUUGUUGCUCUGUCGGUCCUGUGACACAUGUGUAGGUCUCAAACUGUAUUGUUCAGUGUCUCAUGCUUAUCUAAGAGGCUUCUUCUGCCUUUUUAAGGACAACAUCAUAUGUUACUUAGUAAAGACUAAAACCACCGUUGAAGCUUCAAAAAUGACCUGUCCUCAAAUCAGCUUAAAGGAACAUGUAGAAAAGUUGAAAGAAAGACUUGUAGUAGUACACACACGUAUAGAAUUGCUGAUGGAGAAACUGGAAGGAUUAAACCAGCAGAAAACAAAGGCAGAGAAUCAAGACUCUCACGGAAGACGACAUAACCAAAUACCUGCAUGUAAAAGGAAGAAGUCAAACAAUUAAUCAGUUGCAUUUCUACAGUAAUAUCUUAGUUGUGACAAACAUGAGUGUUUGAAAGGAACUUCAUACAACUUCGAUUUUGAAUGCAAUUGAAAAUGGCAUUUGAAAACGGACCUGCAGUUGAAUUUUCACUUGUUUCUUUUAUUUACUGAGCACUCAAGUGCCUUAAUUGGUUGAAUAUGAACAACAUGUGAGUGUAUGGAUGCCUUCAGCAUACAUUCACAGAAACAUGGUUAUCCUUCUGUUUUAUGACUGCAUCUAUAUAAAUGACUGCAUCUGUAUAAAUAAAAACCUUAAAUCUCCCAAAA